AUGACUGCAAAUAUUCGACAAAAACAAUUGACUAUUGAAGACAUACGCUUUAGUUUCGCAGCUAUAACUGAACCAAAUCAGCUCGUGCAGAUAGGUAUAGCUCACAGCUGUCUUGUACAAAUACAACUUAAGUCCAGUGAUGUAAGUUAUCCAGUUCCGAUUUCAUGUUUAAGCAAAGAUUCUGCUGAAUUGAUUCCGGCUGCUAUGUCAAUUGAUAUUCGAGUCGGCGAUCUUGCGACACAAUCGGUCGACAUGGUUGUGGUAUGCUCAACUUCACAGAAUCUUCUGAAUGAUAUUCUUCAGAAGGCUGGAACUGAGGUAACGAAUCAAGUUCAUGCAGCAUUGAAUAGUGGCACAAUUACUCAUAAUGGUUAUGAAACAGUAGGUGGACAAUUACUUUGUCGGCGACUCUUUUUUCUACCUUGGACAACGCAAAAACUCGAUAAUGUGACUUUACGACAGACAAUACAAACAUUUUUUACAACUGCUAUUCAACAUGCAGUAAAUACUAAGAAGACUUCGCUUGCAUUUCCUGCUCUUGGUUGUGGUGAAUUAAAUUAUGAUCCUAAUAUUAUUGCUGAAAUAAUAUUGGACGAAACUCAGAGAUACGCAAGUUAUAACCUAAAAAUAUUGAUUGUACUCCUUCCGAAUAAGAAUGAAAACUAUCGAGCAUUUUGUGUUAAACUCGCUGAAUUACGUCAGAAAAAAUCAACAAAGAAUCUAAAGCAUUUUUCUUAUCCACACACAACCGUCAAAAUAAUGCUAACAGCAUUAGAAGAAAAUAUGAAUAAAUGCUGCAAAACUAUACAAGACUAUGUUAAUGGAUGUAUACUCACAGUGGACUGUGAUGAAUUUCCAUUGCAUACAUGGAAUCAAGCAACAAUUGAUUCUUUCUAUAGAUAUUGUGCUGAACGACAAGUUCUACCAGAAUUCAACUCAUUUGAUGACAAAUUCAAACUUUCCGGACCGAAAGAACAAGUCAAAGCGGCACAAACGGAAUUUUAUCGAUUGAAAAGCAUCAAAGCUGAAGAAGAACGUAUUGCAUCUUAUGCUCGCGUCGCCGUCUGGUUGUUUGAAAUUCGAAAUGGAAUUUUUGAAAAAUACUCACUGAAAUUGAAUGCGCUAAUUGAAACAGCAAAUGCGAAUGAUAAUGAAUUGGUUCGUAUUUAUCAAUUGAUUACUUUCAAGUUCGUCAUAUUCUACUUUCUAGGUUCGCUUUAA